AACACAGGGAUACCGUAAGUUACCUGUACGAGCAACCGGUACCAGACUAAAUAUCAACAUCUCUUUGUUGUUUGACGAUAAUAUUUACGGUUUAAAGAAUGUUUGAUCGCGCUCUAUCUUUGUUGAUGAUUUUAUGAUUAUUUAUGCUAUUUGAAAUAUUGUGCCAAAUAKCAGCCAAUCACAAUCAAGAUACUGCUAUUGGGCCGUGUUUUAUUAGACGUACACGACUCCCAAGACUUGAAGAUGUAAAGGUUGGUCACGUGCAAAGCUUGCAGCUGACGUCAUCAGGGGACCCUUACUUAGUCAGGACGCUUAGCAUUAGCCCUCCCAUAUUUGAAAUUCCGGAUUUCUUGUCUGAUGCGGAAUGUAGUCAUCUUAUCAAAAUAGCACAAAGUCACGUGAUGCAGCCCAGUGAUAUCUACCAAUCGGAUGCAGAGUUGAGUAAUCACACGUCAUUCAAUGACUGGGAUAUCAAUGGCGAUAAAGUGCUUGACUAUGAUGAGAUUUAUCAGACAAUGGUUUACCUGAGGGAUAUCCACUUAACGCAAACAGACAUUCAAAUCAUGUUCAAGAAAUUACGAAUCGAUCAUUUAGAAGGGGGCUUUAUUCGUCCUCGGGAGUUUAAAGGCCACAAAAUCAUCGAAUACAUCGAUAAGGUGAUAUUAAAGGAUACCUCAAUCAAAGGUCGCCAUAGCAAUAACACUUGGCCCCCUCCUGUACGCUUCACAAAGGAACUUGAAAACAACGGUAUUUUGCCCUUUGUAGGAAUCGAGCUAAUCAAUAGGUCCACAUCAAUUGAUACCAAAGUGUUUAUUAAACCGACCAACACAGGAUUGCUCUUGCAUUACAACAGCCACGUGGAUAUGAGUGCAGACGACUUGAACGUGUUUUCUCAAACCAUCACUAUCCUGACACCUUAAUCAACGGCAUCAUUAAACGCUUUGUGUCGGAGUGAAACUUCUAGUAAACAACCUACCAAGGAUGUCUCCAGGGAUAAAAUAGCACGGUUCACUUUACCAUUCAAAGACCAGAAUCGGCGGACACUGUCAAAAAGCAUCCAAAAUAUUAUCUCAGCAACAAAAUAAAUGUCUCUA